AUGGCAUCACCAAAUCAAAUUCAAAAUCAGUCCAGUCCUCUUCCUCCUCUCCCUGCUUCGAUCGAUUCUGCUCUCCAGCUCACCGCCAGUGCCCUGCGCUGCCCAUCACUCACUCCUGAGUCCCUCCCCCACCCACUGCUGCUGCUGCCUCUUGCCUGCCGUGCCACCCUACAUAAACCCCCGGCAUCCCCCUCGCUGUUGCCACGCCACUUCACUCCUCCCUCGCUUCAAAUCGAUUCGGCGCUAGCGAGCGCCGAGCAGCAACGCCAAGGCGGCGGCAGCAGCAUCCAGCAACAGCAGCCGCUACCUCCCUUUGUCUAGUUGUCUUCCUCCUCCGGUCCACUCCUGCUUGCUAGAGUGCCUAGCCUCAUGAGGACCCCAAGGAGCCUCCUUCCCCUCCUCCUCGUCCUGCUGUCCGCCGCCGCGCUGCUCACCGUCGCCGAUUCGCAGGAGCGCAAGAACUACGUGGUUCAUCUCGAGCCAAGGGACGACGCCGGCGGCGACAGCGCCGGUUCGCUGGAGGAGUGGCACCGGUCCUUCUUGCCGGAGGCCACGCUGGACUCGGCGGCGGAUGACGGCCCGAGGAUCAUCCACUCGUACAGCCACGUGCUGACGGGGUUCGCCGCCCGCCUCACCGACGCGGAGGCGGAGGCGCUGAGGAGCAAGGAGGGGUGUCUGCGGCUCUACCCCGAGGAGUUCCUGCCGCUGGCGACCACCCACUCGCCGGGCUUCCUCGGCCUCCACAUGGGCAAGGACGGCUUCUGGAGCCGCUCCGGGUUCGGCCGCGGCGUAGUGAUUGGGCUCCUCGACACCGGCAUCCUGCCCAGCCACCCGUCCUUCAACGACGCCGGGCUGCCGCCGCCGCCCAAGAAGUGGAAGGGCACCUGCCAGUUCAGGUCGAUCGCCGGCGGCGGGUGCAGCAACAAGGUUAUUGGCGCGCGCGCGUUCGGGAGCGCGGCCAUCAACAACACGGCGCCGCCCGUGGACGACGCCGGCCACGGCACGCACACGGCCAGCACGGCGGCGGGCAACUUCGUGCAGAACGCCGACGUGCGCGGCAACGCGCACGGCACGGCGUCCGGGAUGGCGCCGCACGCGCACCUGGCCAUCUACAAGGUGUGCACGCGGAGCCGGUGUUCCAUCAUGGACAUCGUCGCCGGGCUGGAUGCCGCCGUCAAGGACGGCGUGGACGUGCUCUCCUUCUCCAUCAGCGCCACGGACGGCGCGCAGUUCAACUACGACCUCAUUGCCAUCGCCACGUUCAAGGCCAUGGAGCACGGCAUCUUCGUCAGCGCUGCGGCCGGCAACGACGGCCCCACCGCGGGAUCCAUCACCAACGGCGCGCCGUGGAUGCUGACGGUCGCGGCGGGCACCAUGGACCGCGCGAUACGCACUACCGUCAGGCUCGGCAACGGGCAGGAGUUCGACGGCGAGUCGCUGUUCCAGCCCCGGAACAACACCGCGGGGCGCCCGCUGCCGCUCGUCUUCCCCGGCCGCAACGGCGACCCGGAGGCCCGCGACUGCAGCACGCUGGUGGAGACCGAGGUGAGGGGCAAGGUGGUGCUGUGCGAGAGCCGCUCCAUCACCGAGCACGUCGAGCAGGGGCAGAUGGUGUCCGCGUACGGCGGCGCCGGCAUGAUCCUGAUGAACAAGGCGGCGGAGGGGUACACCACCUUCGCCGACGCGCACGUGCUGCCGGCGUCGCACGUGAGCUACGCCGCGGGGUCCAAGAUCGCGGCGUACGUCAAGUCGACGCCCAAGCCCACGGCGACCAUCACGUUCCGGGGCACGGUGAUGAGCUCGUCCCCGGCACCGUCCGUGGCCUUCUUCUCGUCGCGCGGGCCGAACAAGGCGAGCCCGGGCAUCCUGAAGCCGGACAUCACCGGUCCCGGCAUGAACAUCCUGGCGGCGUGGGCGCCCAGCGAGAUGCACCCGCAGUUCGCGGACGACGUGAGCCUGACCUUCUUCAUGGAGUCCGGGACGUCGAUGUCGACGCCGCACCUGAGCGGCAUCGCGGCCAUCAUCAAGAGCCUGCACCCGAGCUGGUCCCCCGCCGCGAUCAAGUCGGCGAUCAUGACGUCGUCGAACACGGCGGACCACACGGGCGUGCCGAUCAAGGACGAGCAGUACCGGCGGGCGAGCUUCUACGGCAUGGGCGCCGGGUACGUGAACCCGUCCCGCGCCGUCGACCCGGGGCUGGUGUACGACCUCAGCGCCGGCGAGUACGUCGCCUACCUCUGUGGUCUGGGCCUCGGGGACGACGGCGUGAAGGAGAUAACGGGGCGCCGCAUCGCCUGCGCCAAGCUGAAGGCCAUCACCGAGGCGGAGCUCAACUACCCGUCGCUGGUGGUGAAGCUGCUGUCCCAUCCGAUCACCGUCCGCCGCACCGUGACCAAUGUCGGGAAGGCCAACUCGGUGUACAAGGCCGUGGUGGACAUGCCCAAGGGCGUGUCCGUGGUGGUGCGGCCCCCGAUGCUGCGGUUCACCAAGGUGAACGAGAAGCAGAGCUUCACCGUGACGGUGCGGUGGAACGGGCCGCCGGCCGUGGGCGGCGCCGAGGGGAACCUGAAGUGGGUGUCGAGCGAGCACGAGGUCCGGAGCCCGAUCGUGAUACCGCCGGCCAAGGCCGCCGCGUAGGCGUAGCUCCCCAAUUCAAUCUGCUUAACGGCCGGCAUGACCGUGCUCGUGUCGUGUCGUGUCGUGUCUCCAGGGAAGAAGGUCAUGAGUACUUCAGUAGCGGUAGGUAAUCAUGAGUGUGCCCCGUGUACGUAUGGCGAAGGAAGUAGGCAUCAUGCGGCUGUUGUAUAGGCAGGCAGGGUACCCGAUCAUCAUCUGUGAAGCAGCAAGCUCAGCUGCAGUGGCAAUGGCAAUGGCAAUGUCGCGUUCGUUCUGUAUGUAAAAAAAUGGCGGAAAUAAUUAAUCGUUUCGAAAACCCCCA